AUGGGAAGUGGGAACAUCCAAAUCCGGCUUGACGAUAUACGGUGGUUUUGCUAAACGAAGGGCUCCUUCCGAGAAAGUAAUAUAUCCAUAUAAUAUGAAACGCAGAAAAUAUUUCCGUAUUUGAAUUUACAGUGUUCAUGUAUAUACGGUUCAAUAACGACAAACGAUAAGGGAGAGCAAUCUUCGGUCUAUAGAUCAUUACUAAUGAGACGGAAUGUUUGUAAAAGAUUGGUCGAGCAUUCAAACGUGGAAUGAAUGAGGAAGAGUUAUUGACACGGUCAGCUGCGGAGCGUGAUAGAAUAUUCAGCUGCUAUGACCGUGGCAGAGAACAUGGAGCCCAAAUUGAUGCAUGGGAAGAUCCUGGUUAUGAAGUUUAUCAUACCACAGAUAGAUAUGGAUUUAUACACGAUAAGCGAUUACCACGAAGGUUAGGUGCAAAUGAAAUAAGACUUGAUCAAAUAGAAAUACAGAGAUUGAAAAAAUGGGAAAAGAUGACAAAACAAUGGGAGAGUUCAUCGACUAAGGAGAAAUUACGUCGUAGAAUAUAUAAAGGUAUUCCAAAUAGAUUUAGAGGUCAAGUAUGGACUUUAUUACUAGGAAUAAAAACUCUAAAGGAAGAACAAGCAGGCAAGUAUGAAGAAAUGCUUAAACUUGCACGUCAUUGGUCCACUGAAAUUCGGCAAAUUGAUGCUGAUGUUGCUAGACAAUAUAGGGAUCAUAUCAAUUAUAGGGAGAGAUAUAGCAUAAAACAACGGUCUAUGUUCUAUGUGUUAGCUGCUUAUAGUAUGUACAACAUGGAAGUAGGUUAUUGUCAAGGAAUGUCAGUUUUGGCAGGAUUACUUUUACUAUAUAUGGAUGAAGAAGAUGCAUUUUGGGGUUUGUCUGUAUUACUUGCCGAUAAAAAAUAUAGUAUGCACGGAUUUUAUGUUGAUGGUUUUCCUAAACUAAAUCGUUUCAUCGAACAUCACGAUAAAAUAAUGAAUAAAUUUCUACCAAAACUAAAACGAAAACUUGAUAAGUGUGGUUGCGAUUCUAUAUUAUAUGCAUUGAAAUGGUUCUUUGUAGUUUUCCAAGAACGAACACCUGUUAGUCUUGGUCUUCGUAUUUGGGAUAUAUUUUUACUGGAUGGAGAUCGCAUUUUACCUGCAAUGGCAUACACUAUUAUGAAAAUGCAUAAACGUAAUUUAAUGCCAAUGGAAAGUCUUGAUGAAUUUUGUAAUUAUUUGCAAAUUAAAUUGGAACAAGACUUUGGUUUUAACGAUGAUACUGUAAUUAAUACCAUGGAACGUUGCAUGGAAGAACUUAAACGUGCCAAAUUAGAAUAUCCAGGCCCUCCCUUACCACACGAAUUACCACAGUAUCCAGUUGGUACAUUUAAAGAACCCUCUUUCACUAGCAAGGUUGGACGACGUAGCGAAGAGUUCAGUGAAGCACAGCAUAUGAUGCGCGAAUCGGUAGUACAACGAAGGGAUAUGGCUCUCGUCGAGGAAGGCAGAGAAAGUACAACGCCAGUUGAUCCAAGUAGUGGUGGUGGCCUUGGUGGGAGCAAAUUCUCAUUUGAUCCAAGUCUUGACGAUGGUGCGUCUCCUAAUGGCUCACAUCGAUCUUUGGCUGACACAUCUGUUACCUCCACAGCUGAUCUUUCUGUAUUUAGUUCCGCGACACGGUCUCAAGCAUUAGACAAUAGUCUUGAUACUCAAAGUAAUGUUUCUAAUGGUAGUUCUGGUAGUGGUGGUUUGCUUACACCAAGGGCAACGCCCCAUCAUCCAAGUCCUGAUAUUGUACGAAUCUAUGUACCAUAUACUUCACCUUCCGCAACUUCGUACAAGGACGAUCUUCCUCGCACCCUUCCUCGAUCUUUAGAAACGAAUAGAAUCCGCAUACGUGUUGAUCCCGAUCAAACUCCUAUAGUUGAACACCUCAAGCCACUUUCUUUAGAUAGUCCAGAGUUUGAAUUAGAUCUAAAAUAAAUAACAAAUAGAAAUUACGUAACAAGCACUAUAAAUAGUAUUAUUACAAUUGAAGAUAAUGAAAUUAGAUGUAUGUUGUAUAUAUCUAAUAAAAAAGAUAUAUAUAUAAUAUAUAUAUACAUAUAUAUAUAUAUAGAUAUAUAUAUAUAAAUAAUAUGUAUAGAAGGAUGAUAAUCAGAAACAAAAAUAUCAUCGAUAAUAUCGAUAUAUUAAUAAUGUGAAAAUAACUGCAAAGCUAAUUAUAAUAUUACAUGGUACAUCUAAUCAAUUUAUCAAUUACAAAAGUUUAAUUAAAACUUAGUUGUAAAAUUAACUAAUCUUCAUUGACAGUGACAAAAGACAAUGAAGCAUGGCAAUGAAAAAUUAAUAUGUAAUUACUACGUUCCUAGCACUAUGAAAAUGAUAUUUCUUGCUUUAUUGGCACUCAGAAUUUUCAUUUCAUUUGCAUUCCAAAUAUUAUAUUGCUCACAACAUUCAGUUGAGUAUUAUUGAUAAUAAUCGGAAAGAUGAUAGUAUUACAGAAAGCAGCAAGCAAGUUAAAAAGAAGUAAUUAAUAUAAAAAACGAAAAGUUUGUGUCUAUUUCAAUUAUAGUAGAUCAGAUAUUAUUUAUUUAUUUGCACCUAGUGACAUUAAGUAAGAAAGUAUGCUGCUAUAACAGUGAUUAUAAUAGAAAGAAAUGUACCAUUAAUUUAUUUUCAAUGCUUAAAUUUAGUAAUUUUAUCACCUAAAUGUAUCAUACACCAUAUUUUGCUUUAAACAAUGCAGAAAUAAUGCAUUACAGUAGCACUUUUUUUUGCAAACUUAACAUUGAUAGACACUUAAUUUAUCUUUAAUUCUAUUGUUUUAUAUAUCUCAUACUUAUAUUUUAACGCUAGAUCUGAAAUUUUUAUCUACCUUUUUUUAUUUCUAUGUUAGGAUAAUGUUAUAAACUGGUUAAUAUAUUUAUGGAUAAAAUCCUGUUUUAAAUUAAGUAUUAUACUGCCGUAGGAUUAUUAAAAUUUGAUUACAUCUAAGUUUUUCUUUUCAAUUAUUCAUACACUAUAAGAAGUAUACUUUUGUAAAUAAAUAGUAUCCUUAAAGAUAUGUAAAAGUCGUUAAAUACAAUGAACAAGUUGCAUAAAAUCUUCACUAAAGAAUGUGAAUAAUGGACAGUCUAGUAUUAUAUUUCCUCUAUACUAUUUAAACAUGAAAUGAUAUACUUGCUGUUGUGAGUGUAAUUGAACUAAGAUAUACACUUCUAUUUUUAGUUUAUAAACAUUCCAAUACAUGAACAGAUCUUACAACAAUUAGUUGUUAUAUUUAAUAGCAUAAGUAAAAUUUGUUGAUCGAAUAUUAAAUGUUUAUCGUGUUGUAUGAAUCUGGAUGAUCCAAUGCCAUAAAAUUAUAUGACAAUGCAUUCACAGAUAUAUCUCUUAUAAAACAAGAUCAUAUAUAAAAAAUAAAAAUUGUAAUCAAAGAAUUAGAAAAUGCAGAUUCUCAUAUUAUAAAGUAUGCAAAUUCAUAUAUUUUUAAGAAACAAAAACUGUACAAGUUGUAUAUUAUAAUAUCAAGUAUUAGGUAAAGUAAAGGAUCAUUGGCCAUUAUAAUGUUUGAGAUACAUGUAUAAACUAUUACAAAUACCAUAAAAAUUAUAUUAAUUGCGCAAAUUUAACAUAUUUAAAAAAGAUAGUAAAAUGACCAAUGAUCUUCUAUUUUCAUUUGAUAUAUUUCCAAUCAAUAUGAAUCAUUUAAUUGUUCAGAGUGCAAAAUGCAAAAUCUUCAAUAACUUAUAGUGAACUAUAAUGCCAGCUGCAAAAUAUGACAUUCCUAAAACUACUUAAGUGUAGAACUUAAAAACUAAAUGAUAUUGAAAAAAAAUUAUGACGAAUGUAAUUUUUUUGUAUCGACAGCAGUUAAAAUCGAAAAAUUGCAUAAAAAGCAGAAGUGGACCAGAUAUUUAAAACAUAUGGCACUUAAAUAUUGCACAAUUCUUCAAAAUAUAUGUUAUCUAAAGAAAUCUUUUCAAAAUCAGCAAUUAUAUGUAUAUUAUAUAUUUUACAAAGAUUACAAUUUUCAUAUUAGCAACAUUUUAAGUGCACAGUUGCAUUUAUAUUUUUCAUGCAACAAAUGGUCAAACAUUGUACUUCUUAAUAUUAAUUAUACUCAAAAACGUUAAGAAGAUUUAAGGGAUAAAUAUAUAUCUUUACAGUAUAAGAUAAUUAUUGCAUACAGUAAUAUUAAUGUCAAAAUAGUAUUGUUGAGGUAUUGACGAAAAAAAAAGUGGUGUAUCUUAGUUGUUAUUGUGAAUAAAAUAUAUUUUUUGAUUUA